ACGCCUCCUCCGUGGCGUCCGCUUGCCAUAGCCCAGCUUUCGCCCUACACAUUUGCGGCUUUCGUGGAUACAUUAGCAAGCGAUGCUUUUAGAUCCCAGUCGCCUGGCUUUGCCAAGGCGGCUAGAGGUCAUCGGGAAGUCUUUCGCCUCGAAUCGCUCUGACUCAGACGGCUAGCUGGUGCCUCCCGCUGUGCCUUGGAAGUUCGCGCCCUCCUCUGGUCCUGGUCCAGGUGCACAGGAAGCGCCAGGGGAGGACGCAGGUGCCCAGGAGAGGGGGGGCCGUGAAGGCGCCCCAGUGAGGAACUCAAAGAUCGAACCUGCGGACCAAGCGCAAAGGAGAAACUGAAAGUACACCGCCGGCUGAUCCUACGGAAGUUAUGGGAAAGGCAAAGCGCCGAGCCGGGCCGUGGUGUGUGCCGCCCCCCUUGGGAUGGAUGAAACAGCAGGCGCGGCGUGGGUGAGAGGAGCCAGCGGCAGAGACGGCCCUCGCCGGCACCGACUCCCGGCACCUCCGCGGAAGACCAGGGUCCUGGGAGUGAGUAUGGGCGGUGAGAGCUCGCUCCUGCAGCAGUUGCGAUCACCAUGACCACGCCCGCCUCCCGCAGAUCAUGUUCCAUGUUUCUUUUAGGUAUAUCUUUGGAAUUCCUCCCCUGAUCCUUGUUCUGUUGCCAGUAGCAUCGUCUGACUGUGAUAUUGAAGGUAAAGAUGGCAAAGAAUAUCAGAAUGUUCUAAUGAUCAGCAUCGAUGAAUUGGGGGAAUUCAUCAGGACAGAACGGAAUCUUGACUCGUCCCCUGGACUCAACACCAGAUUCACGGACAGCAUGAUAGAAAUUGAUAGCAAUUGCCUGAAUAAUGAAUCUAACUUUUUUAAAAAACAUUCAUGUGAUGAUAAUAAGGAACCUCUGUUUUUAAAUCGUGCUGCUCGCAAGAUGAGGCAAUUUCUUAAAAUGAAUAUCAGUGAGGAUUUCAAUCUCCACUUAGCAAGAGUUUCACAGGGCACAUUAAAGCUGUUGAACUGCACCACCAAGGGUAAAGGAAGAAAACCACCUUCUCUAGGUGAAGCCCAACCCACUAAGAAUUUGGAAGAGAAUAAAUCUUUAAAGGAACAGAAAAAACAGAAUGACUUGUGUUUCCUAAAGAUACUACUACAAAAGAUAAAAACUUGUUGGAAUAAAAUUUUGAGGGACGCUAAAGAACACUGAAAAAUAUGGAGUGGCAACAUAAAAACAGAUAAACUUCAGUUGUAUCCUCCAAGAAUCUAUCUGCUCAUGCAAUUUUUCAGGGUAGAAUGCCUUCUAGAGGUUACUGAAUGCAUCCUGGUAAAAACGGAUUAGAGCAAUUGAGAAAUCCAUACUGUAAUACUAGAAGAUGGGUGUAAACAAUGGAAACAAUGCUGCGAUCAACAACUAUUCCAUAUAUGUGCGGACAUAUACCAAUCGGUAUUAAUUCUGUGCUGAUUUUUGUAAGACUAUCCAUGUAAGAUGUUACUUGCGACAGCACUUUUUAAACCUGUUUAAAAAGUUCAGAAGAUAUAUAAAAUCUAUGAAGUAUAUAAAGGUUACAAGAAUUAAAAAUUAACAUUGCUUUAUUAUCAAAAUAACUUUACGGCCCACUAUGCAUCAGUGUACCGCAACGAGACUGGAAAUUGUCUUCUGUGCUGGAAAUCUCAGAAUUAACAGUGAGAAAUGGAUAAUGCCCAUGAGAACAAGAGUCAUAUAGCUUACAGAAGGAGCAGCAUAAAGGAGUCCAAGAUACUUAAGAGAGAUAUCAAGAGAUGUAAUUCACAUGAAUGUAUAACGCAGUGCCUACAAUAAAUGGUAUAGCAAAUGUUUUAAAAUGAAAAUAAAGAAUAAUUUCGCAAAACAGAAAGUCAGCUGUUCUAAGGAUGCUAAACAGUAGUACUGAGUUACUUUUGUCAUUUAUGUAUAAUAAAACUUGUCUAAAUGAGUUUGCAAUUCGGUAAGUAUAUUUUUAAGAGAAUAAUAUAUGUUGGCCUUUUAAUUAAUGAAAUGUGUAUAUUUAAUUUUGACACUAUUAUCUGUAUAUAAAAAUAUUUUCAUAUAGUAUUACAAACAAAUCGCUUAUUUUGGAUAACCUUUCUUCUCUUAUAAUAAAUGACUAUGUAUUAACA